CGCGCACUUGUCAGUUCCCUGAAAACAUCUGUGUACCCCGCUUUUACGGCAUAAACGCGGCCAUGUAGUCGCACUGUGGCAUCUCAUGAAGCUGCAUCGUGCUGCAUCGUGCCCUCGUUAGACGCAUUUUGCCGUCGCCAUGCACCGGUGAUAGACUCGUCGAUAGACGCACUGAAGUGUUCGAGCUUAAAGAGAGUGUAUGGGUGCAGAAGGGUGCCAGAUAUCGUUGCAGAGUCGACAAUCGAAUUCAAGAUCGUGACGGGUUGACAGUAACCAGUGAAAAAAAAAAUUUAUAUUCGAGAUAUUUAAAAAAAAAGUAUACCAGUGUUUGCCAAGAAAAAAUUGAAGCUUCUGGAUCCGGUGGUGCAAAGAAGAAUAACAAGAUUGUCUGAAAUAAACGGCCGAAUCAGCUCGAAUUAAUCGAGCAUUGUUCAAUGCUUGAGAAAGUCUCGAUAUGACACAAAGUUAGACGAGAUAUGAGGACAUCCGCCCUCAGGAUGCGGACAAAUCACUUGAUAGUAGCGGCAAUUAUACUCGCGGUUGCCAACGUCUGUCAUGCGGAGUGCCAGACUCGCUCCAUUUACUGUUACGAGUGCGAUUCAUGGACGGAUCUCAGGUGCAAGGAUCCUUUCAACUACACUGCACUACCCAGGGAUCAACCACCUCUGAUGACCUGUAACGGAUGCUGCGUGAAAAUGGUCCGCAACGCGAAAUCACCAUAUGAGAGCGUGAGGAGAACCUGCACCUCGCAGCUACAAAUAAACUUAUUCAUGGUGGACCACGUGUGCAUGAUGGAAAGUACCGGCACUGGUCACAUGUGCUUCUGUGAGGAGGAUAUGUGCAAUCGUGUACCCCCGACCUCGCGCUCGAAUCCCGUACUCCUGCUGAUCCUGUCGACUAUCCUUGUUCUACGCUCGGCCGUCUUAGGAGCCUCAGCUUGCUUUGUAGAACGUUGCCAUGAUCACGUCGUAUAACACUAAUUAACUCAAUCCACCCAUCGCAGUGGUGUCCAAUCAUAUCCUUCGUAGAGAGAUUCUAGCGAGUCGACAACAUGACCACUUGUCGGAACGAACGAUCGAGCUGGCUUCGAUCCUGAAAUCUAGAUCCUUCGAGAUGUAAAAGAAAGAAAUAGCCGAGAGAAAUUAGAAAGCGAUGGACGAUCGACGUGUCGUUGUAUUUAUCAUUGAUUUUGUGCCUCUUUCAAACGCACAUCGUCCAUCCAUCUAAUCGCGUGUAGAAAUAUAAAAUAUAAUUAGUUUAUAUAUGUAUAUAUAUAUAUAUAUAUAUAUAUAUAUAUAUAUAAAUUUUAUCGAAGUUACAUAUCUUACGAUAGAUAAUGGCUAUAUAACAGAGAAUGCUGAGAAGCUUGAUACAUAUUGAACAUUGCAAAGAAAUAUAUAUAUGGAUAGUAGAUCUCCCCGCAAAAAUAAUAUUUAUCUAUUUAUUCUUAUAAGAGAUUUUAUUAUAUAUUAUCAUGUUAAAUUAAUUUUACAUUAUACUUUUAGAAAGAAAAAAGCUGAAAAACAAAGAAAAAGAGCUAAUAUUAAUUUGCAUUUUAUGAAACUUGAUCGUAUUAUAUAAUUGUAAUAUUCAAUUCUACGAUCUAUAUCAUAGACAAAAAAAAAUUCAAUUUUCUUCAAUUGCGAGAAUUGCACAAUCUGUGUGCAUCGUUCGUUCCGAUUACUGGCCUUAGAUAGCAUCGAGAAUAUCUAAGCGUUUCUUGUGUAGCAAUCAUCCCGACUGUCCAAUCGAUUUCUCUGACGAUUUUGACAAGAGUUCGAAUUCUUUGUUAGUUGCUCUUCGAGCAAGCACGGCUAGCAUCUUCGCAAUGCAUCGUGAUAUAAGCUCUGAGGAAGGAAUUUAAAAAAAGGAAAAAAUAUAGCAUAAAUGUUUAAAAUAAAAUAUUAAAUAUACAUAUAGAAUAUAAAUAUAUCUAUUGAAUAUUGGAUAGUAAAUGAUCUGUUUAAAUGAUAGAUUUAAAUUACGUUUCUAAUAUAAAAUUACUAAGAUAAUAUAAUAAUUUUAUUAAAAAAGAUAUUUUUGAUUCUUACAAUAAUUUUCAGAUAUAAAGCAUACAAAUUAUUUCGAGUUGUUUAUCUUACUGGGUGCUUUCCAUUUAGUAACUCAAGUCGACACAAGUAUCAUUUUAUCUGCUUUCAAUAUCAG